AUGGCAGCUCUCACAGAGCAGCCCGAUGGCACUGGUGUCCUCAAACUCGACCCCUGGCUUGAACCGUUCCAAGACGCCCUCAAGACUCGAUUUGCUUACGCCCAGGAUUGGAUCAAGAAGAUCAAUGAUACUGAAGGUGGUCUCGAAAAGUUCAGCAGGGGAUACGAGAAAUUCGGAUUCAACAUCAAAGAAAACGGCGAUAUUGUCUACCGAGAAUGGGCACCCAGUGCAGUCGAAGCCUACCUUAUCGGCGAUUUCACGCACCCCUUGAAGGUGAAUGAUUUCGGUGUCUGGGAACUCACCCUCCCCGCCAAAGAUGGAGUCCCAGCGAUACCGCAUGAAAGCAAAGUCAAGAUUACCAUGGUCACCCGCGCCGGUGAAGUCAUCGACAGAAUUCCCGCGUGGAUUAGACGCGUGACACAAGACCUUGACGUUUCCCCCGUUUACGAUGCCGUGUUUUGGAAUCCACCCGCAGACAAGAGAUACAGCUUCAAGCAUGAUCGGCCGAAGAAACCUGCCAGUCUCCGAAUUUACGAAGCGCACGUCGGUAUUUCUUCACCGGAGACAAAGGUUGCGACGUACAAGAACUUUACGUCAAACAUGUUGCCUCGGAUCAAGUACCUGGGGUAUAAUGCCAUUCAAUUGAUGGCGAUAAUGGAGCAUGCCUACUAUGCUAGUUUCGGUUAUCAAGUUAACAAUUUCUUUGCGGCAAGUAGCCGUUACGGACCUCCCGAGGAUCUGAAGGAACUGAUUGAUACUGCGCAUAGCAUGGGAAUCGUGGUGUUGCUUGAUGUUGUGCACAGCCAUGCAUCCAAGAAUGUGCUAGAUGGUUUGAAUAUGUUUGACGGCAGCGAUCAUCUCUACUUCCAUGCUGGUCCUAAGGGUCAGCAUGAGCUUUGGGAUAGUCGGUUGUUCAACUAUGGUAGCCACGAAGUUCUGCGCUUUCUGCUCAGCAAUCUUCGCUUCUGGAUGGAGGAGUACAAGUUUGAUGGAUUCAGAUUUGAUGGUGUUACUAGCAUGCUAUAUACACAUCAUGGUAUCGGAACAGGAUUCUCCGGUGGAUAUCACGAGUACUUUGGUCCCGCUGUCGACUCUGACAGCGUUAUGUACCUGCAAAUCGCCAACGAGAUGCUCCAUGAGUUAUACCCGGAUACUAUCACCGUCGCUGAGGAUGUAUCAGGCAUGCCGGCCUUGUGUCUGCCUUUAUCUCUGGGCGGAGUUGGCUUCGACUACCGUCUUGCUAUGGCGGUGCCAGAUUUGUAUAUCAAAUGGCUCAAAGAAAAACAAGACGACGAAUGGGAUAUGGGCAAGUUAGUGUUUACUCUGACCGACCGACGACACGGCGAAAAGACUAUUGCGUAUGCAGAGAGUCACGACCAAGCUCUUGUCGGCGACAAAACUUUGAUGAUGUGGCUGUGUGACAAGGAAAUGUACACCAACAUGUCAGUCCUGAGCGAGUUGACUCCCGUCAUUGACCGCGGCAUGUCCCUUCACAAGAUGAUUCGACUAGUUACACACGGCUUGGGUGGCGAGGGGUGGCUCAACUUUGAAGGCAACGAAUUUGGUCAUCCUGAGUGGCUCGACUUUCCCCGUGCUGGAAAUAACAACUCCUUUUGGUACGCACGUCGUCAGUUGAAUUUGACCGACGACCAUCUACUCCGCUACCGAUUCCUGAACGACUUUGAUCGUGCCAUGCAAGUAACCGAGGAGAAAUACGGCUGGUUACACGCGCCACAAGCAUACGUCAGCCUGAAGAACGAGAGCGACAAGGUGAUUGUCUUUGAGCGUGCAGGACUGUUAUGGGUAUUCAACUUCCAUCCUACCCAAAGCUUCGCCGAUUACCGCGUCGGCGUCGAGCAGGAAGGCACAUAUCGCAUUAUUCUAGACACGGACGACGUUGAUUUUGGCGGACACGGCCGUAAUCAAAAGGAGACUCGAUUUUUUACCACCGAUUUCCCAUGGAACGAUCGCAAGAACUUUUUGCAGGUUUAUAUUCCGGCCAGGACUGCUUUGGUCUUUGCUCUCGAGAGCACUCUUUAA